UGCUGCUGCUGUCAUUGUCAUUAUUGUUGUUCAACUUUGAAGGCGGCAACAGCUCUUACAUAGCAUUUUAAAGUUCACUACUAAUGAAAAAACAAGUCUAAAUAUUCGUGCCAAGCAAGCCACUUUUUUUCAAGUAGAGCCACCAAAUCAACACUUUAAGAAAUAGAAAAACAAGAAAAACUAAAAUGGGUUGCAUACACAUGCGUGAGAGUUGCAGUUAUAUGGUUGUUUCUUCGUGCUAGCGCGGUGACUCAGUGGCUAUGACGUUGUGUCCUUGUGCAUGAUGUCCUUGGGUUCGAUUACGACGGACAGAGGCCGCAUUCCUCAUGGGUCUGGAAUGAAAACAAAAAAAAGGAUAGCGUGUGCAGCUAUGGGCAUCGGUUAUAGAACCCCAAGUGGGCAAAAUUAACCCAUAUAAUAUUUACCCAUUAAAGUACUUUGCCAUAGUUCACUGCAUAAAUGCUUUAACGCGGCUCGUCACCGAUUGACGGAUGCCACGCUUACGGCCUUUUCUCUUUCAGGUCACUGGUGCAUGGACUGUGUGCUGUGGGCUGCUGCGCUCCUUCUGGCUUUCUUCGGUUCCUAUGCCUUGUUUCAGUCCAACAUCAUCGUGUUCGACGCCCAAUCUUCGCACAGGGAAUUGUUUCACCUGCUGGCAAAACGAAAACGCCUCCUGGUUGACCGACUUUUCCUGGGCUGCGCACACCGGAGUACCCGACUCGUCUUGGCUUGUACCCGAUUCCCGGCCUCUGGACUUCCGACCAUUGACACUUGGCAUUCCAGCCUUGGAUGGAAAUGACCUUCUCAUCUGGCAACGUGCCUCUCCCGUCCCGAUAGAUGGUCUGCGCAGUGCCAGCGUUAGUCGGUCACUAGCCGGUUUGGGCUCGACACCGCGGGAAGGAUGCCACGCUUACGGCUAUUACUCUUUCAGAGAGGCAGCGACAUGGGGAGCAGCCCGGGCACCCGUGCCUGCUACGCGGCGGCCGGCAUCUUCACACUGUCGGGCUUCCUGCUGUCGGGCGCCAGCGUUGCCAUCGUCAUGAUGAUCGUGCGCGACGACAAGCUGGACGAGCAGCUCUGGACCGCCGCUGUGCUCGUGGUGGGCGUCAGCUUCGGCGUGCUCUGCCUCGGCAUCCUGGUGUGCGCCUGCGCCAUGUGCAAGCGCAUGGCCGCCAGCCAGGCGGCGUUGGACAAGGCCGAGGCCGUGCGCGAGCAGGGUGCCAAGCGCCGGUUGUCGCCAGCCACCUUCCCGGCCGGACACGUGGCCGCCGUGCGCGUCUGGAGCACCGCUGGUUCGCUGGACCCUCUGCUGCCCGGCCAGGUCGCGGCCGCCGAGAGCCCCUCCGAGGCCGAGGACGACGAGCAGCCCCGCGAGGAUGCCGCCUAGGCUACGCUGCCGCAGACGUGUAACCUGCAGGGCUCGAGACCCGCUGGGGGCGACGGCAAACCGUUCCCGACAGGCCAAAAAAACAGUCCGUGUGUCUUAACUGAAAAGCGCGAAUCGGCAUUUUCUUAUGUGCUGCUUCAGCGUGCACGACGCUGCCUCCCCGCGCCGUCACAGGCUUCGAAUAGCGGUGGUUCGAGAUACGGUUGCCAUGACCUUCAGCGUUGAAACCACUGAUCUAGGCUCUUUUUAAAAAGGGGAACUCAAUAGGUACCUAAGGGGUCUGCGGAUCUUCAAUUUUAUGUGUGAGGGGGCCUUCUGUACCAGUAUCCCUCACUAAAACUUGAACACGGUUUUGAAUGUUUUCCGAGAAAAGAAGAAAAAAAAGAAGAACGAUUGUGAGGGCUUCUAAUGUUCAUUUAUUUGUGCUUGCUCACGUGUUAUGAGCACAGCACCCGGUUCUUGGCCCAAAAAGAGCAGCUUCGCAGUAUCAGUCAGCAGUUCAACUCCCGGAAGCCCGAUAGUUCAAGGGGGAAACAGAGAGUCACCCCGGGCAUCAUUGAACAGCAGGCGAAGGUCUGACUGCAGUCACCCAGUUCGCAUUUACACUCAUACAUUGCCAAGCUGAACGCGCUCUGCUUCCCGCACUAAAUUCAUCAGCGGUCGUAGCGCAUCGCAAAGUCCCAUAGCUGACGCGUUUUACAGUUUCAAGGUAUCCAAAAUAGCUGAGCAGUAAGUGUAAGGCUCGAUAUAUGAAGGUUUGGAGAUUCGAAAAUUCCAUGCAUGGCUGCAAAAUUCAUACUUUAACGUUGGUAAUAACACGUGCAAGCGCUAAUUAAAACUGUAACCUCCAUUGAUAAACGCGAUUCUCUGAAGUGGCCAUUGAAACGUUCAGAUCAGGGCAUCGUGUUUAGCACUCUUCUGGGACUAUCAAGAAUACGAGUGCGUGCCAGUGAACAAAAGCACGCUACUUCUGCAAGUGCUGUCGUGUGUACUUAGUCUGUGUGACUGCGAUGGAGCGUGUGAGCACGACCCUUACGCAGCUGCCACAACUGGGUUAGAAUUUUUCUGACAAAACACGAUCAUUUCCACAGUUCGAUUAUUAUUGCCAGACAGAAAUUUCCGAUUUGCAUUGAAGUUCGCAAUAGAAAAACAGGAAUGCCAACUGCAUUAAUCUCGCAGUGUCCCAGUGAUAGCUAAGCACCAGAACUUUAACGGUCGCUAUUGCCUUCGUGUACUCGUCGUCUUGACAUAGAACAAGUGAAGUCAGUGGUGACUGCUGUGGAACAAGGAGAGCCUUCUCGAAUGUUGUCAUUUCUAACAAUGCAAAGCAGAGCCAUGGAAAUUUACGGCGGUGCCAAAUGAUGCCACAAGUGAGGCGAUAAUAGGAUGGGAAACAUAUCAUCACCUACCUCCAACACUAGUCCUCCAUGGGUAGGACAUGAUGCCACUUGCUGAGCACACGGGAAUCGUCGGGCUGCGCACAUACACUUUAGUUGUCACACAUAGAGCGAGGCCACUUUGAGACGAACGUGACACGCACUGUACAGGCUGAUAUCACCCACCCCAUCAUCAACGUCAAAUGGUUGUGGCUAAAACGAGCCUAACAUAACUUUCCUCAUCACUUCGAAAGCGAGAUCGUGUGUCAUGCAUGCAUUGUGGUAAAGCAUUUAUAUUCUUACGCACUAUAACUGCCGCGUGAAAAAAAGUUUUCAAGGUAACAGUGUUUUGGCCCAGCAAGCUCUUUUUUUUUUCCACAAGGCUUGUAUACGUAGAGAUGAACCUCGUUGGUUCAUGAAUAAUUAUACUUGCAAGAACCAAAAUCUUAAUGAAACAACCUAUCUUUGCACUAUGAAAGAGGGGGAACUUUACCGUUCGAACCUUAUCGUUGCUUUUUUUUAUCGUGACAAACAAAUAUUGGAAAUAAAACUGCCCACAAGGUCACUGCAAAUUGCCGACAGAACUGAUACUUUUGGUAGCCAAUAUAGCGCAGCGAUUGUUUACGUAAAGAAUCUCGACACAUUUAAACGUGGAACUAUCCCUGCUAUCAAUUUUUUUUUCUAUAAUGGUUUCCUGAAAGCAGCUCAACAACUUACCUUGUGAAAGAACAAAACGAUAGCAAGCUUAAAAUAUUGUUCCAGAGUCGGCAUUUCAAAGGUAUAUAUGUAUCGCACUAGACGUAUUUUUUCCAUGUUUACAUAUCAACUCUUUUACUUUGUUCCUAAAAAAAAGAAGCUAUACUGAAGUUGUGCCACAGAAGUUAACAGCUUAAGAUCUCACAGAAAUUCCGUCUGUGAUUCCAUUCUCCGCUGCUCAUUCGCUGCUACCUGACAGAAAGAAGUACCUAUUUCUAAUUAAGUUCUUUGCGCGAUGUCUUAGAUCCUGCUGUGAUUGCGAAUGUGUGUGUGUGCGCGCGUUUGUGCGGCGUUCCGCCCUGACCAUAUAGAACAAAAACAAAAAACCUUUUCAGAGUAAAAUAUGUAAACAUCGCGUCCAACGAUGGGAUGCUUGAAUCUUGGAUAUUUACAGGAACGUCAGCAAACAAGAAUCAGUCGAUCAUGAAGUGUUACGAAGCAAAACUGUGCCAAGUAUCAGCUCUCUUACUGGUUGAUGUUUCACGUGCCGUCUUCUUUCUUUCCUGUCACUCUAUGAAGCGUCAAAUAAAAUUGCAGCUUACAUUAUA